GUUCAAGAAACGCAAAUCUAAGGAUUGUAACCAGAAGCUCAUUACAAAAAUGGCUCAGAUUAAAGGCUUGUUCGCUGUGCUCGCUGUGGUGGCCAUUGUCCUAAUGGCCGCCAACUCGUCUUCGGCUGUGGAUUGCCAGUCUGGAACUUUCAGUGGUCCUUGCUGGGCCUGGGAUGGAGAGCAGUGCCGUCGCCUCUGCAGGGAGGAAGGACAUGUCAGUGGACACUGCAGUGCCAGCCUGAAGUGCUGGUGCGAACAAUGCUGAGGCCCCUCAGCUCUCAACGUGUUCAUAUUCAGGAUUGUCCACACAUGCUUGAUGUGUUUUUUAUUGUUUUGAAAAAGAAAA